GACUACCUCCGUCACAUAAGUCGCGAGCCUACUCUGGCGAAGUGGCGCGCGCGAGGACGGGAGCUCAACUAAUGGACGUACUUUCCUCCAGAGCCAUGAAGAAGUCGAGGACGCUGAGCUGCAGCGUGAAGCUGUUUGUCCUGUGCCACGGCCUCCUGCAGCUCUCUCAGCUGCUGUACAGCGCCUACUUCAAGAGCACCAUCAGCACCAUCGAGAAACGGUACGGCCUCAGCAGCUACUCCUCUGGAACCAUUUCCUCUCUCCACGAGAUCAGCAACAUGAUGCUGAUUGUGUUUGUGAGCUACUUUGGAAACCGCGUUCACCGGCCGCGCUUCAUUGGAAUCGGCGGACUCCUGAUGGCCGUCAGCGCCUUGAUGCUGACCUUACCUCACUUCUUAUCCCAGCCCUACGAAUACGACUCCGUGUUACACAAUCGCCACGACAUCUGCAACCUGCAGAGGAACUCGAGCGGCCUGGAGUCAUGCGGCCGCGAUGAGACCCGGCGCUUGGCCGACACCAACAACCUGUGGCUGCUCAUGGCCAGCGCCCAGCUGCUCUUCGGCGUGGGCUCGGUGCCCAUCCAGCCCUUUGGGAUCUCCUACAUUGAUGACUUUGCAGGGCCUGGCAACUCCUCUCUUUACAUAGCCAUCCUGUUCGCAGUGUCUGUAUUCGGGCCGGCCAUCGGCUUCCUGCUGGGCUCAGCCAUGCUGCGCAUCUACGUGGAUGUGGACAAAAUUGGUUUAGGAGCUGAGAUUGAGCUGGGACACAACGAUCCCCGCUGGGUGGGGGCCUGGUGGAUGGGCAUGCUGGUCACCGCCGCCUGCCUGCUGCUCACCUCCAUCCCUUACUUCUUCUUCCCUCGCAGAAUGCCUUCAGAGGGCAAUGUGAUUGGAAGUGAAACGGAUGCGAGUGAUGACUUAAAGAAGCCAGAUGUCUCCCUGCUGGAUUUCCUGAAAAUGUUUCCCAGAAUGUUUGUCCACCUCCUGUUGAGUCCUCUCUUCCUGAUGCUGGUGCUGGCCCAGUGCUGCUUCUCCUCCGUGAUCGCAGGCCUCGCUACGUUCCUCAACAAGUUUCUGGAGCAACAGUACAGCACGACGGCCAUUUACAGCAGCCUGCUAGUAGGUGCUGUGAACCUGCCAGCUCUAGCCGUGGGGAUGCUGAUAGGCGGGGUCAUCAUGAAGAAGGCCGGCCUCACCCUGAAGACCAUCCCGCGCUUCUGCGUUGCCAUGCUCUCCGUGUCCACCCUCCUCUUCAUCCCUCUCUUCUUCAUGGGCUGUCCCACGCAGAAAGUAUCCGAGGUCAAUCAUUACCAGAUCGGAGAGUAUGGGUCUCUACCCCGUUGCUACUCCAACUGCUCCUGCCCCGCCAGUGCCUUCCACCCUGUGUGUGGCUCUGAUGGAGUCGAGUAUAUUUCUCCUUGCCACGCGGGCUGCACCAACUUCACCAACAACACCCACAGGGUUCAGCUGUACACCAACUGCAGGUGUAUAUCAGGGAGCCAGAGUAAUGCCCGCCCCGCUCCCUGCCCCAACAGCUGCACACACCUCCUCCUGCCCGUCAUUCUUGUUCUCUCCCUGGCCUCACUGGUCGCCUGCCUCACUCACAACCCCAUGUACAUGAUGGUGCUCAGAUGUGUUCCCUCUGAAGAGAAGUCAUUUGCGAUUGGAAUUCAAUUUUUACUCAUGAGAAUAUUAGCCUGGCUGCCCGCCCCAGCUAUCUUCGGGGUGGCCAUCGAUACGUCAUGCAUCUGGUGGAAGUACGUGUGUGGAAAGAAGUCUGGCUGUGGUUACUACGACAACAACACCUUGAGGAGCCGGUACCUGGGCUUACAGCUGGCUUAUAAGGUCGUAGGCAUCGUCUUACUGAUGAUGCUGGGAUGGAAGGCCAAGCGGACCCAGGAGUACAGUCUUGAGAAGAGGCCUGAAGGACCACUCUGAGCUUCCGCUGUGGUGGGUAGACACCAAAGCAGGAGAACAUCGGUGCAGAACGACGCAGCGUCAGCUGGAGAAAGCCGCGGUCGGGACACUUCACAGACCUCAAUUUCUGGAGGCCCACCUCGUCUUUGAGUAGAGAUGUAAUGUUUUUGGACACUUUACAGCUUACAUAUUACAAGUUAAGAGAAAACGGCUAAAACACAUCUGUGUGUGUGUGUGUGUGUGUGUGUGUGUGUGGUACCUCACAAUAUUUUUUACAUGCAUAAGACAGUGAUGAGGCUUCACACGUCGCAUAAACAAAUACUCGUUACAAUAAGGAAGGAAUCUGUUCAGGUUUCCAUUUCCAAUGGGGACAUAUUCUGUAAUUAAUUAUAUUAGCUUAAUAUUUAAGUUUAUAUUUUUAUAGAUGUUUGUCUCAUACACAGAGACAUCUGUGUUAACUGCACACUUAUUAUUAAUACUUAUUUCAUAUACAACGAUUACAUUAAACACUUUUGAAUUUAUUGAAUUGCAAUGCCAAUUAAUUUGUGUUGAUUCACCGCACGCAUGCUAGCUGCUGCUGUGGUUAUACUGGUUACAGUGGAAUCUACAUGUGUGUAACAUUACUGGCUAAUAUACAGCUUAAUUAAACAAACAUGGCUGAAGUCAUUUAUUCAUUUCUGUAUUCAUGUCUCAAAGGCUGAAGAGAACAAAUGUCCACGUAUUGCAAUGCCAUCGGUGUUGCUAUUUUUAUUCAUUUCUAAUUUGCAUAUCUUAAGUGCAAAAGCAGCCAGGAUGGGUCCCUUUUGGGCGAUAAUAUUG